CAUGGACGGGGAUCCGCGCCGCGGGGAUACUAAAAUUUUAUACGGUGCCUCCCCAAGAAGAGUGACGAGAAAUGGCUUUAGGAAACAAUACCCAGAGGAGCUAUUCCAUCAUCCCCUGUUUCAUUUUCGUGGAGCUUGUCAUCAUGGCUGGGACUGUUCUGCUCGCCUACUACUUCGAAUGCACUGACACUUUCCAGGUGCAUAUCCAAGGUUUCUUCUGUCAGGAUGGCAAUUUGAUGAAACCCUACCCGGGAGCAGAGGAUGAGAGCUUCAUCUCUCCCCUUGUGCUGUACUGUGUGCUGGCUUCAACUCCAACAGCUAUUAUUUUUAUUGGCGAAAUAUCCAUGUAUUUCAUAAAGUCAACCCGAGAAAGUCUAAUUAUUCAAGAGAAAACUAUUUUGACUGGAGAGUGCUGUUACCUGAACCCACUGCUUCGAAGAAUAAUACGUUUUAUAGGAGUUUUUGCAUUCGGACUUUUUGCCACUGACAUAUUUGUAAACGCUGGCCAGGUUGUGACSGGGAACUUGGCUCCUUACUUCCUGACCGUCUGUAAGCCCAACUACACGGGGAACGAUUGCCGCACGCAUCACCAGUUCAUAAACAACGGGAACAUCUGCACCGGGGAUGUGGACGUGAUUGAGAAGGCAAGAAGAUCCUUCCCAUCCAAACAUGCUGCUCUGAGCAUCUACUCAGCUUUGUAUGCCACGAUGUACAUCACAAGCACAAUAAAAACAAAGAGCAGCAGGCUAGCCAAACCUGUUUUGUGUUUGGGUACCCUGUGUGCUGCAUUCCUCACCGGCCUCAAUCGAGUUUCCGAGUAUCGAAACCACUGCUCGGACGUGAUCGCAGGCUUCAUCCUGGGGAGUGCAGUAGCUCUGUUUCUGGGGAUAUGUGUUGUGCAUAACUUUAAAGGCAUACAUGGAACUCCUUCCAAACCGAAGCCUGAAGACCCACGAGGAAUGCCAUUAAUGGCUUUUCCCAGAGUGGAAAGCCCGCUGGAGACACUGAGUGCACAGAAUCACUCUGCCUCAAUGACUGAAGUAACCUGAGUUGGAAGAUUGGCAGCAGAAAAUAUUUUUUAUUACCCUCCAGUACAAUAUUCCAAGACACACAGUUAAUAAAUGUCAAACUGUGAUGACCAGUAUUAUGUUAUGUCUAGUUAGAGGCUGAUGUUUUGUACAUUUUUUGUAUGAGGAAGUGAUGUAGCUUGCCCUGAUUUUUUGUCAGCUUUAAUAUUAUUAUGCCAGAAUUUAAAGCAAAGCAGAAAAAAAAAAAUUCUUGUUAAAAAUGUGCACUGAGGAACUACAUCUAUGGAAUUGUUAAUGUUGUUAUGUGAUAUUUGUACACGGAUUCUUUUUUUUCUUCAGUUUUGAAUUUAUAUACCUGAAAUAAAAUAAUUCACUUUUACCUUUUCUUACAGUAAGAAAUGCUUCUACCAGUAGGUCAGAUUCUGAUCUUAGUUAGCUCAGCAUUAUUCUGAAGUAAUUUCAUGUAUUUAAUUGAGAUUAAGAUAAUGAUGAUCAGGAAUCCAGCUUGAACAAUGUUACCAAGAAGUGAUAAACAUUAAUGUUUGAUUCUCAGUGAGCUGCUUAAGCAUUCAUUGGUACCAUGGACCCAUUGCCUGGUCCAUUUCCAGUCUACUUGGUGGACUUGGGCAUCACACUGAAUCAGAGUCUGAUCUAGGGUAGAAGGAUUGUGCUAGUUAUUGAAGAUAACUAAAACAUGCCCAGUCUGCAAUAUAGACAGACUGGACAUAAAAAAAUUAUAGUGGUAGCUGAUAGCAUGUGAGCUGACUAUAUCAUCUCCGUAGAUCUCAGUUCCUCCAACUGGCCCGGCCAAAGCUCCCAGUUAUACUUAAUGGCUUCAGGAAUAGACUAUGGGGAUUUAUAGCCAUUGCUGUGGAACUGCGGCUGAGGCUUUAAGUGUUUCAUAACUUCAUCAUAGUGUUGUGGGGUAACCAGUAACAUUUGUGCAAAGGAAAAGUGAUGCCGCUUCCCUGGUGGAGUGGGAGAGCUUGGCAUGCAGACUGGUAUAGCCAGGCAGCCAGUUCUGCCCAGACAGCUGGCACGGGGACUCUGUUUUCCCAGUGGGGCUUUCACGAGUCACAAAAAUAGGCCUAGCACCGUCUGUAGUAGCAGUCUGCUUUUUUUUUUUUCCUGUAAAUUGUACCAUGCAGAAUUUAUAUUGAAACUGCUAUUUUACAGUUUAGCAGCACUGCUUAAGGAAUAAAGUGUGAGAAUUUGGGGGGGGGGGGGG